AUGUUCAUCGCUCUUUUGUGUACAUUCAGUCUCCUUGGUCCACUGUGUUUGAUAUAUAAGCCGCCUGGUUCGCUGAUCCGCUUCUUUCAACGUCGCUGGCCCGAUGUCAUAUUUCGUCACGCAACCGCCGAGAAAGUGGUCGCGUUGACCAUUGACGACGCCCCGUCCAUACACACGCGCGCUAUUCUCGACCUCUUAGAGUCAAAUGACGCGAUCGCCACAUUUUUCCUGAUUGGGUCUCAGGUACCUGGUAAAGAGGACGUUCUCGUCGAGCUAGUGCGCGCUGGCAACGAACUAGCCAACCAUGCGAUGCACGAUGAGCCAUCGCGUGGGCUCAGCGAUCCAGCUCUUGCGGAGCAAAUUCAGGCUGUGCAUGCCUUGAUUCAAAAUGUGUAUAGCGCAGUAGACCAGGAGGGGCCUGAGAAUUGGUUCUUCCGCCCAGGCUCGGGUCUCUUUAGCUCCCGAAUGCGACGCUUGGUCUCGAAGUUGGGCUAUCGACUUGUGCUCGGGGACGUCUAUCCCCACGAUCCACAGGUAGCAUUUGCAAAACUCAAUGCAAGGCAUAUCUUGAGCAUGGUGAAUCCAGGCAGUAUCAUCAUUUGCCACGACCGCAGAGAAUGGACGUUACCCAUGCUACAAGAGGUGUUGCCAGAGCUCAAGCGCCGCGGAUACCGGGUGCUCACUGUGUCAGAGCUGCUUCAGACGCGCUAA